GAGGACAUGGGCUCUGAGCUCGAGGAAUCGAGUUCCCCUCCGCUCGAUCGAUCGAAUUUCUUCGGCCGUCGCUAAUUUUUUGACUUCGUUAGAGUUUACACAAAAGCAGCAGAUUAUCCAAUUUUUUUUUUUGACGCGGUUCCUGGACUAAUUUUCGGAGAUUUUGGUGCAGUUUUGCUCAGUAUUGAAGGUUUUUUUUUGUGGCGCGGAGCUGUGGAGGGAUUUGAGCAAGUGGUUGAGUGAGCCAGAUAAAAUCUGUUGGAAUUGGAGAGGGAGAUGAGAGCGCCUCAUCAAGCAUGCCACUGCCGCAGUCUUCACCUGUGUGUGUCGCCAAGCCGUCUCAUUACGCGUCGCCGGUCAAGUUUGAGACAAAGUACGAGCCGGCGUCGACUCCUACGAGCAGCGGUAAGCCGGAUAAGGACCGGCGGCACAAGAAGAAACAGCAUCACUCUUCAGGGAAAAAGCGGUCUGGAACACCGUUAUCGUUGAAAGAGCAGAUCGUCCAGCUCAUUGCCAUCUUGCUUACUGCCGCGGUCGUCUACAACGUGACUCUUACAGCUAUUGGUUGGUUUGAGGAAGCGCGCCGGCCGUUCUGUGAUGAUCAGCAAGAUCCCCUGCGAGAUAAUUGCAGACCUUGCCCUGAAAAUGGGAUCUGUCGGGGCGGAGAAUUGCGCUGUAUUCCAGGUUUUCGACGUCAAGGCGCUCUAUGUGUUCCUGACAAACAGAUUGAUCGAAAUGCUCAAAACCUGGCAGAUUUUGUACUCAACAAAGUUUGUAAGAUCUCUGGCGAUUCGCUUUGCAGAAAUGAGGACAUCUCAUGGAUACCAGAACACCAGAUCUGGGAUGCUUCCGAGGAAGAGAAAAUGGGACUAGAUGCUGAGAACGUGUUGCUUGUGCACGAGAAGGCAUUGCAGCUAGUGCGUGACAAACUCAACAUCCGCAUAGAUGAUUUUGGGUUGAGAGAAUUUCGAUGUCCGAUUGCGCUGGCUUUGACGUAUCAACCUAUUGGAUGUAGAAUCCGAAAGCUUAUCAAAGCCAACAUAUAUGGCAUCUUUAUAGCUAGUUUCAUCGUAAUUUUUGUUUCAGUUUACAUCCUCAGAUACCUGCAGUCUAGAAGACUCGUGACUCGAGCAGAAGAAUUAUAUAUGCAGGUCUGUGAGGUGCUAGAAGAAAGGUCUACGGGUUCUUCUGGAGAAACGAAAUGGGUUGUGGCUUCUCGGUUAAGAGAUCACCUACUACUGCCAAGCGAGAGGAAAGUGGCAACACUUUGGAAGGAGGUAGAGCGGCUGGUGCAAGAAGACUCCCGAAUUGAUCAGUACCCGAAGCUUGUGAACGGGGAUUCCCGAGUAGUGUGGGAGUGGCAAGGAGAAGGGACUUUGCGAACUCCAAACAAAGACAGUAAGCGAUAGACAAGGUUUUGUUCUCUCAUCAUGCAGCCGCUACGGUUUCGAGAAUUCGUAUAUGCGUUGCUUACGGGUUGAGGGGUUCGUAGAAAUUCAGUAUAUUUAUCAGAUGAUCCUUGUGUUAAUCAUGCAUUACAUUCUCGUGUCCCUUUAAAUUGCCCUGUACUGUAUAUCAUAGGUCAUCCUGUAGAAAGUAGUCAUAUUUUUUCUUCCCUUUAAAUGCAUACAGCAAUGUAUCUUAACUCUAUUUUCAUACCGAUACAAGGUCAGAGCAAGUAACAUUUUGAGAGUUUGAAAAAUUUGUCGAAUUUUAAAUUGCGGAAAUUCCUUGGUGUUUACUGCCGCAUGUUUCCAUGUGAA